AUCACCAGAUACAUUUCUAGUCUAACUACAUCAAGUAGAUUAUAAACAACCUAUUCUCCUCAUAGAUAUACCACAUAUUCACGUGUAAUAGGUACUGUCCUGUUUUUAUCCUUUCACAAACAGUUUCCAAUCAGUUUGUGUCAUCCAUAUUUAUUCAUCCAAUAAGAGAAAAUGUAUUUCGCUGUGAAGGGAGUUCCUAAAAACCUAUUUUCUUCGACCUUUGCCGUGUGUUUUACUUUGGUUGCAGCCAACUCGUUACUUCCUUGUCCUGUGGACACUAACUAUAACAAUGAUUCCAACCUCGAUCCCAAAUUAAAAAAUCAACAGAAACAUUUGGCUCCAUAUAAAUACUCUCAGCAGCCUGAAAGGUCUCAGGAAGAUUAAGAAGGAAUGGCGACAAUGGGUCUACUACCAAGUCUCAUCAUCACAUACCACGGUGCAUGCAUCCAACUACUUCAGACAGACCCCAUUCCUACCAAGAGGCGUACUAAACUACUUUUCUCAACUCCUGCCUACACCUAGGCUAAUUGCAUAUUUAACGUCUUGAUGAACUAUACCUUAGGCGCAGUCAUCCAUGUAUAAUAGAAGUGUUUCACACAUACGAAGUCGUUUACAGGCUUAAUGUACAUAUUCAUGCCC